ACGAGAUCAAGGUGGAGGUCCCGUGCGGGACGGACGAGCCGGCGCGGAUCUGCCCCAACGGCACCAAGUGCAAGAAGUACUGGGAGGGGCCCAACUACGGCAUCACGCAGUUCGACAACAUCCUCUUCGCCGUGCUCACCGUCUUCCAGUGCAUCACCAUGGAAGGCUGGACCGACCUCCUCUACUAUAGCAACGACGCCUCAGGGAACACUUGGAACUGGCUCUACUUCAUCCCCCUCAUCAUCAUCGGCUCCUUUUUUAUGCUCAACCUCGUGCUGGGGGUCCUGUCCGGGGAGUUUGCCAAAGAGCGGGAGCGCGUGGAGAACCGCCGGGCGUUCCUGAAGCUGCGGCGGCAGCAGCAAAUCGAGCGGGAGCUCAACGGAUACAUGGAGUGGAUCUCCAAGGCGGAAGAGGUGAUCCUGGCCGAGGACGAGCCCGAGGCCGAGCCCCGGCGCCCCUUCGAUGCUCUCCGGAGGGCCACCAGCAAGAGGAGCAAGACGGACCUGCUGAGCCCCGAGGAGGGCGAGGAGCAGCUGGGGGACAUCGCCAACAUGGGCUCCCCCUUCGCCCGUGCCAGCCUCAAAAGUGCCAAGCUGGAGAACGCCUCGUUCCUGCAGCGGCGGGAGCGGCGCGUGCGCUUCCACAUCCGGCGCAUGGUGAAAACUCAGGCCUUCUACUGGACCGUGCUCAGUCUGGUAGCGCUCAACACCCUGUGUGUUGCUAUCGUUCACUACGACCAGCCAGAUUGGCUUUCCGACUUCCUCUACUAUGCAGAAUUCAUUUUCUUGGGACUCUUUAUGUCCGAAAUGUUUAUAAAAAUGUACGGGCUGGGGACGCGGCCUUACUUCCACUCGUCCUUCAACUGCUUCGACUGCGCCGUUAUCAUCGGCAGCAUCUUCGAGGUGAUCUGGGCCGUUGUGAAGCCGGGAACUUCCUUUGGGAUCAGCGUGCUGCGAGCUCUCAGGUUACUGCGCAUCUUCAAAGUCACCAAGUACUGGGCUUCCCUGCGGAACCUGGUGGUGUCCCUGCUCAACUCCAUGAAAUCCAUCAUCAGCCUCCUCUUCCUCCUCUUCCUCUUCAUCGUCGUCUUCGCCCUUUUGGGGAUGCAGCUCUUCGGGGGACAGUUCAAUUUUGACGACGGGACCCCUCCCACCAAUUUCGACACUUUCCCAGCAGCAAUAAUGACGGUGUUCCAGAUCCUGACGGGAGAAGAUUGGAACGCGGUGAUGUACGACGGCAUCAAAUCUCAGGGCGGCGUCAAGGGCGGCAUGGUCUUCUCCGUCUACUUCAUCGUCCUCACCCUCUUUGGCAAUUACACGCUCCUGAACGUCUUCUUGGCCAUCGCCGUGGACAACUUGGCCAAUGCGCAGGAGCUCACCAAGGACGAGCAGGAGGAGGAGGAAGCCGCCAACCAGAAGCUGGCGCUGCAGAAGGCCAAGGAGGUGGCUGAGGUCAGCCCGCUGUCCGCAGCCAACAUGUCGGUGACCAUGAAGGAGCAGCAGAAGAACCAGAAAUCCUCCAAGUCGGUGUGGGAGCAGCGCACGAGCGAGCUGCGCAAGCAGAACCUGCUGGCGAGCCGCGAGGCGCUCUACAGCGAGCUGGACCCCGAGGAGCGCUGGAAGGUUCCCUACGCUCGCCACCUGCGCCCGGACAUGAAGACGCACCUGGACCGGCCGCUGGUGGUGGACCCGCAGGAGAACCGCAACAACAACACCAACAAGACGCGGCCCGGGGAGCCGCCGCUGGCGCCGCUCCGCGCCGAGGAGCUGCGGCGGCAGCAGCGCUACCCCGAGCACGGCCCGCGGCCCCCGGAGCCAUCGGCGGCACCUCCCGGCGGCCGCCGGCCCUGCAGCGGCAGCCGCGAAGCGGAGCGGGAGCCCAGCCAGGAGCGCGGCGGCGGCGGCGGCUACGGGGACAGCGAGCGGCCCAAGGGGCGGCACCGGAGCCGCGAGGGACGCGCGGGGUCCCCGCCCGAACGGGAGCACCGGAGGCACCGCGGGCACCGCAGAGGAGCCGAGGAGGGAGACGAGGGAGGGAGGAUCCCCGCCGAGCGGCGGCCGCGGCACCGGGACGGCGGCAGAGCGCCGAGGGCGGAGGGAGACGGCGAGCGCGGCGACGGCGAGCGGCGGCGGCGGCACCGGCACGGGGCGGCUCCCCCCGGCUACGACGGAGAGGGCAGGAGGGACGAGCGGGAGCGGCGGCACCGCCGGAGGAGGGAGCCGCAGCCCCCCCCGGCCCCGCCGGGCCCCACGCUCUCCACCACGCGGCCCAUCCAGCAGGAUUUGGGGCGCCGGGGGGGGGACCCCGCUCCCGCCGUGGCCGAGGACAUCGACAACAUGAGGAACAACAACAAGCUGGCCACGACCACCGCCGCCGACCCCCCCCCCGCGCCGCCCCCUCCUCAUCCCACCGCCGCCACCACCGUGGGCAACCACGCCCCCUGCCCGCCGCCCCCAGCGCCCCCCGCCGCCCCCCCCCACAACAGCUUGGGGGGCUCCUCCAAGCCCCCCAACAACCCCGCCAAGGCUGGGGGGGGCAGGCCCGAGCACACGGCCGUGGACAUCCCCCCCCCCUUCCCGCCGCCCCCCAGCAACGCCCUGGUCCAAGUGAACAGGAACGCCAACCCCGAGCCGCUGCCCCGCAAGGAGGAGGAGGAGGAGAAGAAGGAGGAGGAAGGCGAGGGGCAGGAUGAGAACGGCCCCAAGCCCAUGGUGCCCUACAGCUCCAUGUUCAUCCUGUCCACCACCAACCCGUUCCGGCGGCUGUGCCAUUACAUCGUGAACCUGCGCUACUUCGAGAUGUGCAUCCUCAUGGUGAUCGCCAUGAGCAGCAUGGCGCUGGCGGCCGAGGACCCCGUGCAGCCCAACGCGCCCCGCAACAACAUGGUGGACCUGGGGCUGGUGCUCCACCAAGGCUCCUACUUCCGGGACCUGUGGAACAUUCUGGAUUUGAAGAGCAGCUCACGCGGCAGCAGCAAAGGGAAGGACAUCAACACCAUCAAGUCCCUGCGCGUGCUGCGCGUGCUGCGGCCGCUCAAGACCAUCAAGAGGCUGCCCAAGCUCAAGGCCGUGUUCGACUGCGUGGUCAACUCCCUCAAGAACGUCCUCAACAUCCUCAUCGUCUACAUGCUCUUCAUGUUCAUCUUCGCCGUGGUGGCCGUGCAGCUCUUCAAGGGCAAGUUCUUCUACUGCACCGACGAGUCCAAGGAGUUCGAGAAGGACUGCAGGGGGGAGUACCUGGUCUACGAGAAGGACAACGAGGUGAAGGCGCAGAAGCGCGAGUGGAAGAAGUACGAGUUCCACUACGACAACGUGCUCUGGGCGCUGCUGACGCUGUUCACCGUCUCCACCGGGGAGGGGUGGCCGCAGGUGCUGAAGCACUCGGUGGACGCCACGUACGAGAACCAGGGCCCGAGCCCCGGGUACCGCAUGGAGAUGUCCAUCUUCUACGUGGUCUACUUCGUGGUGUUCCCCUUCUUCUUCGUCAACAUCUUCGUGGCCUUGAUCAUCAUCACCUUCCAGGAGCAGGGCGACAAGAUGAUGGAGGAGUACAGCCUGGAGAAGAACGAGAGAGCCUGCAUCGACUUUGCCAUCAGCGCCAAGCCCCUGACGCGGCACAUGCCCCAGAACCGCCAGAGCUUCCAGUACCGCAUGUGGCAGUUCGUGGUGUCCCCUCCCUUCGAGUACACCAUCAUGGCCAUGAUCGCCCUCAACACCAUCGUGCUCAUGAUGAAGUUCUAUGACGCCUCCGACACCUACGAGAACGUGCUCAAGAUGUUCAACAACGUCUUCACCUCCCUCUUCUCCCUCGAGUGUCUCCUCAAGAUCAUGGCCUUCGGCGUCCUGAAUUACUUCCGCGACGCCUGGAACAUCUUCGACUUCGUCACGGUGCUGGGCAGCAUCACCGACAUCCUGGUGACGGAAUUCGGGAACAACUUCAUCAACCUGAGCUUCCUGCGGCUGUUCCGCGCCGCGCGCCUCAUCAAGCUCCUGCGCCAGGGCUACACCAUCCGCAUCCUGCUCUGGACCUUCGUGCAGUCCUUCAAGGCCCUGCCCUACGUGUGCCUGCUCAUCGCCAUGCUCUUCUUCAUCUACGCCAUCAUCGGGAUGCAGGUGUUCGGGAACAUCGGCAUCGAGGAGGAGGAUGAUGAAUCGGCCAUCACCCAGCACAACAACUUCCGCACCUUCUUCCAGGCGCUGAUGCUGCUCUUCAGGAGCGCCACCGGGGAGGCGUGGCACGAGAUCAUGCUGUCGUGCCUCAGCGGGAAGCCGUGUGACGAGAACUCGGGCAUCAAGGAGGACGAGUGCGGCAACGAGUUCGCCUACUUCUACUUCGUGUCCUUCAUCUUCCUCUGCUCCUUCCUGAUGCUGAACCUGUUCGUGGCCGUGAUCAUGGACAACUUCGAGUACCUGACCCGCGACUCCUCCAUCCUGGGCCCGCACCACCUGGACGAGUACGUGCGGGUGUGGGCCGAGUACGACCCGGCCGCAUGGGGCCGCCUGACCCUCGCCGACAUGUACGAAAUGCUGCGGCACAUGUCGCCGCCGCUGGGGCUGGGCACCAGCUGCCCCCCCCGCGUGGCCUAUAAGCGGCUGCUCCGCAUGGACCUGCCCGUGGCCGAUGACAACACGGUGCACUUCAACUCCACCCUGAUGGCCCUGAUCCGAACGGCCCUGGACAUCAAGAUCGCCAAAGGCGGGGCCGACAAGCAGCAGAUGGACGCGGAGCUGCGCAAGGAGAUGAUCGCCAUCUGGCCCAACCUGUCCCCCAAGAACCUGGACCUGCUCGUCACCCCGCACAAGUCCACGGACCUGACGGUGGGGAAGAUCUACGCGGCCAUGAUGAUCAUGGAGUACUACAGGCAGAGCAAGGCCAAGAAGCUGCAGGCCAUGCGCGAGGAGCAGAACCGGACCCCGCUGAUGUUCCAGCGCAUGGAGCCGCCCUCCCCCACCCAGGAGGGACCCCCGGGACCGGACACAGCGCCCGCGGCGGAGCCGGCCGCACGGGACAGCGGGGACCUGAAGGAGAGCCACUCGUGGGUGACGCAGCGCGCCCAGGAGAUGUUCCAGAGGACGGGCACUUGGAGCCCCGAGCGGGGCCACCCCGACGAUGUCCCCAACAGCCGCCCCAACUCCCAGCUGGUGGAGAUGCGGGAGAUGCCCAAGGAGCCCUCGGACGGUGACUACGUGCCCAUGGAGGGGCACGGCCGCGCCGCCUCCAUGCCCCGCCUGCCCGCCGACCCCCAGCGGAGGAAGGUGCGACCCCGAGGCAAUAACCUCAGUACCAUCGCGGACUCGAGCCCCAUGAAGCGCUCGGCCUCGCUGCUCGGCCGAGCCCGCGGCGUCCGCCUGGACGAUUUCAGCCUGGAGCGCGUCCCCGAGGACGGGCAGCGCCACCACCACCACCACCACCCCCCCCUCCGCCGGGGCCACCGCGGCCACCGCGCCUCCGAGCGCUCCCUCAGCCGCUACACGGACGGCGACACAGGGUUGGGCACGGACCUGAGCCUCACCACGCAAUCGGGGGGCGACGCCCCCCCCCCAAAAGAGCGGGACCCCGAGCGGGGCCGCCCCAAGGACCGGCGGCACCGGCACCACCACCACCACCACCACCACCACCACCACCACGGGGGGGGCGCGGCCGAGCAGCAGCACCGGGAGCGCUGCGCGCCCCCCCCCGCCGCCGCCGCCCCCCCCCAGGAGUACGGGCGGCCCCGGUCCCGCGACCGCCGCUGGUCCCGCUCGCCCAGCGAGGGCCGGGGGGAGCACGCGGGACCCCCCCGCCAGGGCAGCAGCUCGGUCAGCGGCAGCCCGGUGCUCUCCACGUCCGGGACCAGCACCCCGCGCCGCACCCGCCGCCAGCUCCCGCCGACCCCCGCCACUCCUCGGCCCCACGUCUCGUACUCGCCCGCCGCCCGCCGCCCCGCCCGCCGCGCCGCCCCCGCCCCGCCGAUGCCGCCGGACGGACGCGCCCCCCGCGCCCCCCGCGCCACCGGGACCCCCGGUGGGGGCGGCCCGUCCCCGCCGCGGCCCGGGCGGCGGCUGCCCAACGGGUACUACCCGGGCCACGGCGGCACCGGGAAAGGGCGGCCCGGUCUGCGCGACCCCUACAGCGAGACGGACGAUGAUUGCUGCUAG